GUUGUGUCUGGAAAAUAAUAGAAAUCUCAGAAAGACCGAAGAGAAAAAGUUUCCAAUCUUUUUCCACGAAUAAGAUUGGUGGUGAAAACAUUUACAAAUUUACACAAAUUUUCGCUCGCUCAGAAGAUGAAAACUGUAAAGUGUACUGAAAAAUACGUCGUGGGAUAAGCUUUCAUAAACACCGAUCGUUCAGUCACGGAGAAAUGCACGAGUUUUCAACAAAUAGAGGCAAUCAAUCGAAUUCAGCAAGGAAUGCAACGAGAAAUAGGCGAAAAUAUUAAAGAGUUCAAAUUCUCUUUGAAUUUUAUUCGUGCACCCGUUAUCAAUCAGUGUUGCACAUGAUCUAUAUUGUGAUUGCGUGUUGGAUGCUCAUGUAACGAUGAUUAAGAUACAUUGGUUGCUGAUCGAGUUGCCAAUUUAGAAGAAAUUGCUCGCAUCUAUUACAGUUUCCUUGGAACAACUUUAAGGAAUGUGAGAAGCCAUAAACGAAAUUUUUCACAGUUGUACAGUGAACAUAGUGGAUUAUGCUUUCUCACCUUAUUCCAGUACUCAUUCGUUCAGUCCAUUGCGAGAGAGACAGUUACAUAAUUUGACUUGUUUUUCCUUCCAUUAUUGCAAGGUAGAUGAUAUGGUAAUUCCAUCCAUGAGACGUUUCUGGCAGCCGUGGCUCAAUACUAACAGUCUUCAAUCGAAUUGCAAUGGAGAUACGUCGUCGAAAGAAGGGAGACCGAAGGCGACAAAUCUGCAUCGGAAACCGAGCAGUGCCUGGCGGAAGGAACGUAGAAGGGAUCCGAUACAGAGCGAAGCAUUGGACAUGUCAGCAGCGCGGGUGCAUCAUCACAGCAGACCGAGCGUGAUCGUCCCAGCCACGCCACAAGCCGGCACCAUGCUCGAGGAUACGGCUGCGACGCCUACGCCGAUGGCGACACCCCCUGCAGCAACGUCACCCUCGGCGCACGGACAGAGAACCGGCAUCAGGACGACGGGUGGCGUCAGUGAUCCCGCGAUCGACGAGCACUUUAAGCGAUCACUAGGUCCGAAAGAAUACGCGGCCGUUUUCAAUGCCACCACUACCGACAAGGAAACCGGCUUAAGUGCAUUAUGCGUUCUUUGCACAGUUGACGAUCACUUCGCGAAAGCUCUCGGCGAGACCUGGACGAGGCUUAAGGCGACCAAUUGGAGCAAGGAAUCCACCUAACUACCGGAUAAAUUCACCAGAGGUCUUGUCUUUGUCAUCCUCGUCGUCGCACGACGGCCAUCGCAGCCCGCUCGGGUGAAAUCGUUCCAGUCUUGCUCGCUAGUUAUGUAUUAGUGAUACGUCAUAGUGAUAAGAGUUAAUCGAAUUCGCGCCCGCAUCCGAGGAACUCGCGUUUAGGUCCAUCGGUUUCAGUAAAGCUGAAAGCAACAGAAGCAAAUGAACGUUGAGAGAAGAGACGAAUUGCUAGGCGGUACGAUCUUAUAUUAUAAUGUGUAUUCACUAAAGAACUUUCAAAUACUUUGGAUUUUUCGCACCGAUCAUUUCGAGAAAAAUAUCUAUUAGAUAAAAAUGAGAAAAUGGCUAAUUAAAAUAAGAUUAUUUAAGCGUUGGACUCUGAAAAAUGAUCAAAUAUUAUUAUUUUGUUCUAAUAUUAUAUUUACUUCUCUGAGUCAAGUCUUCGGCGAUGAAAUUAGGUAAACCUAAUUUUUCCACACACGUUUACGUAAAUUCAACUGAUUUGCUUCAUAAAACUUAAUCUAAUUAAAUUAAUAAGACGAAUGAUGAAUUAUCUAAUCAGAAAUUUAUGAAAUUCGUAAUUGCGAGUUGUAUGAUUCUUAUUCGUACACUCUUUUAUUUUUCGCGAAUAUUUUGUUUUAAUUGAUACGUACCGCUGUGUAAGGAAAGUAUCGAGUGUCCUUGAUCUUCUCACUUUUCAACCGGUUGCUCGUUGUCGUCGCUUUUUCAGCAGGCACGCGUAAAAGAAGACCUCAGAAAGAUUAGUACAUCGUGCGCGAGGGCGCUCUGUAUUUCGUAUGAUGGAUGCAUCGUGAGCGUAUUUGAUAUUGUUGUAUAUAGGCACGUGUUCUCUUACCACGCCAUCACUGCAGAGUCAUUAUCGUAUAGUGUUCCGAAAGAGAGAGUUGCGUAUGAAUAUGUCAAAUUAUUUAUUAUAUAACAAGUCGUAUAUUUCCUCGCAGGAACUAAUAAGUUCAUAUUAUAUAUACAAGCAUAUAUGUACAUACAUAUAUGUAUAUGUACGUAAUAUGUAUUUACGUAGGUGUAUUAUACUCGUAGAUAAUGUAAUUUAAUAAGACAGAACUGCAUUAAAAAAAGCAAUAGAAAGAUAUAAAUUUAUAAAUAUUACAUGCCUUUGUAUACAAGCCUGCAAGGCCGCACCUCCGAAGCUGUAAAGAAGAGAGACAUGUACAUGAACAAAUAUUGAGAAAGAAAAAAAA